AUGGCCUCGGAGUCGGUGAAGGUGGUGGUGCGCUGCCGCCCCAUGAACCAGCGGGAGUGGGAGCUGAACUGCCAGCCUGUGGUGACGGUGGACUCCGCGCGCGGCCAGUGCUUCAUCCAGAACCCGGGCGCCGUCGACCAGCCCCCAAAGCAGUUCACUUUCGACGGCGCCUACUACAUGGACCACUUUACCGAGCAGAUCUACAACGAAAUCGCCUACCCGCUGGUGGAGGGUGUCACCGAGGGCUACAACGGCACCAUCUUUGCCUACGGCCAGACAGGCAGCGGGAAGUCCUUCACCAUGCAGGGCCUGCCGGACCCACCCUGCCAAAGAGGCAUCAUCCCUAGGGCCUUCGAGCACAUUUUCGAGAGCGUCCAGUGUGCAGAGAACACCAAGUUCCUGGUCCGGGCCUCCUACCUGGAGAUCUACAAUGAAGAUGUCCGUGACCUGCUGGGCACUGACACCAAGCAGAAGCUGGAGCUGAAGGAGCACCCGGAGAAGGGGGCGUACGUGAAGGGGCUCUCCAUGCACACGGUGCACAGUGUGGCCCAGUGCGAGCGCGUCAUGGAGACGGGCUGGAAGAACCGCUCGGUUGGCUACACCCUGAUGAACAAGGACUCCUCCCGCUCCCACUCCAUCUUCACCAUCAGCAUCGAGAUCUACGCGGUGGAUGAGCGGGGCAAGGACCACCUCCGGGCAGGCAAGCUGAACCUGGUGGACCUGGCAGGCAGCGAGCGGCAGUCCAAGACGGGUGCCACGGGGGAGCGGCUCAAGGAGGCCACCAAGAUCAACCUGUCGCUGUCGGCGCUGGGCAACGUCAUCUCGGCCCUGGUGGACGGGCGCUGCAAACACAUCCCCUACCGGGACUCGAAACUGACGCGGCUGCUGCAGGAUUCGCUGGGCGGCAACACCAAGACGCUGAUGGUGGCCUGCCUGUCGCCCGCUGACAACAACUACGACGAGACCCUCAGCACGCUGCGCUACGCCAACCGAGCCAAGAACAUCAAGAACAAGCCUCGCAUCAACGAGGACCCCAAGGAUGCCCUCCUGCGCGAGUACCAGGAGGAGAUCAAGAAGCUCAAGGCGAUUCUGGCUCAGCAGAUGAGCCCCAGCAACCUGUCAGCCCUGCUGAACAAUCAGGUGCCCCCAAACCCCGUCCAGAUUGAAGAGAAGCUGUUGCCCCCAUCUGUGAUCCAGCACGACACGGAGGCCGAGAAGCAGCUGAUCCGGGAGGAGUACGAAGAGCGCCUGGCCCGGCUGAGGGCCGACUAUGAGGCAGAGCAGGAGUCCAGGGCCCGGCUGGAGGAGGACAUCACUGCCAUGCGCAACUCUUAUGAUGUGAAGCUGUCCACACUGGAGGAGAACCUGCGCAAGGAGACAGAGGCUGUCCUGAAGGCAGAAGUCCUCUACAAGGCCGAGGUCAUGUCCAGGGCUGAGUUCACCAGCAGUUCUGAGUACUCACCUACUUUCCAGUACAAGAUGGCCGUGAAACCCGAGAUCUACUCCAUGCCUGACACCCUGCCCAGUGAGGGUGUCUUCAAGACUGAGGUUUCUUCCAGGUUUGAGGAACUGCCCAAGGUGGAGGCCUCCAAGUCGGAGGUUUCUCUUGGGUCUGAAGAGUCUUCCACACUCGAAGAAAAUUUCAUCUCCAUGGCUUUCCCUGGGCCCAGGGAGCCCUCCAGCCUGGAGGUCCCUGUGCCCGAGGUGGAGGCCCCGAGUGGACACUUCCUGGAUGAGGAUGUCAGCCGGGAGCCCACAGAGCCCCUGUGGGAGGAGGAGCCCUUCCCCCAGGGAGAAGAGCCCCACCUAAGGGCCGUGGAGCUACUCCCGGGCCUGCACGACCCAUUUGCCGAGGUGGAAGCCAAGCUGGCCAGGCUGUCCUCCACGGUGGCCGGGCUGGACGUGCCCCAGGCAGACGUACCCAAGGUCACCACGCAGCACCCCUCCCGGACAGAUCUGCUGGAGCCUGGUGACCUCAGGUCUGAAGCUGAGGCGGCCGACGACCUCCUGCCCAGAACUGAGGUUGACAUGGGCCCGGGAGUGACCGAGGAGGUGGUGUUGGCAGCAGAGCCCAGUGUGGGAGCCGAGGGUGAAGCCCAGGUGGCCUUGGAGGCUCAGCCUCAGUCUCUGCUGGCCAUGACAACUGCGAGAAGGGACAAUAUGGAGGUGGCAGUGCUGACUGAUGACUUACUGCCCACUGUGGACCAGCAGCAGGUGCUUGCCCGCUUGCAGCUGUUGGAGCAGCAGGUGGUCGGGGGGGAGCAGGCCAAGAACACGGACCUGAAGGAGAAGCACAGGCGGCGGAAGCGGUAUGCAGACGAGCGCAAGAAGCAGUUGGUGGCGGCCCUGCAGAACUCAGACGAGGACAGCGGGGACUGGGUGCUGCUCAACGUCUACGACUCCAUCCAGGAGGAAGUGAGGGCCAAGAGCAAGCUGCUGGAGAAGAUGCAGAGGAAGCUUCGGGCGGCAGAGGUGGAGAUCAAAGAUCUGCAGUCAGAGUUUGAGCUAGAGAAGAUCGAUUACUUGGCCACCAUCCGUCGGCAGGAACGUGACUUGAUGCUCUUCCAGCAGCUCUUGGAGCAGGUGCAGCCCCUGAUUCGCCGAGACUGUAACUAUAACAACCUGGAGAAGAUAAGGCGCGAGUCCUGCUGGGAUGAGGAUAAUGGCUUCUGGAAGAUCCCCCAGCCCAUCAUCCUAAAAACCAGCCUCCCAGUAGCAGUUUCAACAGGGCUACAGAACAGAUCAGCCCGCAAAACCUCCACAGCGGACAACGGUGAACCAGGCACGGAAGAAGACCGCUACAGGCUGAUGCUCAGUCGGAGUGACAGUGAAAACAUUGCCAGUAACUACUUCCGGCCCAAGCGGGCCAGCCAGAUCCUCAGCACAAAUCCCAUGAAGAGCCUCACACAUCACAGCUCGCCGCCAGGCCUCAGCUCCCCACUUGGCAACAGCUCUGCCAUCCCACCCACCCAGGCCCCUGAAAUGCCCCAGCCUCGGCCCUUCCGCCUUGAGUCCCUUGACAUCCCCUUCACCAAGGCCAAGCGUAAGAAAAGCAAAAGCAGCUUUGGCGGUGAGCCUCUGUGA